UCGUUUCUCUUUGGACGAAUUCACCAUUUUCACUCUCUCUAAGCUGAAAACUAUUAGACCCAUCGUUUUCUCUCUCUAGAUAUACAAAUUUUCUAUCUCUAUACAUCACUCUCUCUAUCUAACCAGUAGUUAAGCUGCUCCACUCCUUCAACUACCCCUCUUUACUUUCUCUCUCAUCAUUCCAUCAUUUAUUUCUCCUAUAUUUAUUAAUUCUCUCACAUUCAAUAAAGAAUACUUGUAGGCAAAGUAGAGAGAGAGAGAGAGGGAGAGGUGAAACGGAACGAUGCCGUUGGUGAGAACUGCGGUGAGGAAUGUGUACGGAUUGGGAACGCCGGAAUUGUACCGAGACGCCGAGAAGGAGGAUCCAAAGGCGGUGCUUGACGGAGUUGCAGUCGCUGGACUCGUCGGGAUCUUACGUCAGCUCGGCGAUCUCGCUGAAUUUGCAGCGGAAGUGUUUCAUGGCUUACAAGAGCAAGUGAUGGUUACAUCCUCGAGAAGCAAUAAGUUGGUUGCUCGGGUGCAAAAAAUUGAAGCUGCACUUCCUCCACUUGAGAAAUCAGUAUUGGCACAACGGAGUCAUUUACACUUUGCUUAUACAGCUGGAUCCAAUUGGCAUGCCCGUAUCCGUAGUGAACAAAAUCAUUUUAUAUACGAUGACUUGCCAAGAUUUAUCAUGGAUUCGUACGAAGAAUGUCAUGGUCCGCCACGCUUGCAUUUGCUUGACAAAUUUGACCCUGGUGGACCUGGAUCUUGCUUGAAAAGGUAUUCAGAUCCAACUUUCUUUAAGAGAGCAUCAGUUGGAUCAGAUGAAGAAUAUAUUGCCAAAGUCCUAAAAGAAAAGAAGGGUCGGAAGAUUAAGAAGAAAGGAUCAUGGAGGAGGAAUGGAGAAGUCUCCCGUAGUGCGUCUAUGCCCAAUUAUGGUAGUAGAAUGCAAUUUGCUUAUAGAAAUCUCGAUAGGCGUCCUUCCUGGGUUCAGAGUUUCUCCACUUAUGAUACAACCCUCAAAUCUGACAUAGAUUCGAGACAUGGGUCGGGUCUGACGGACUAUGUUUCACAGCCAAGUUUCUCUAUUCAACCUGAAGAUGGAAAAUCUGAGACUGUCUCUCCAAUAAAAAUGCAGCACAAUCAGUCCUUUGAUUAUUCUUUUCUCGAAGAAAAGAGUGAUCACGCUUUCAAUGAUAUUGACAAUGAUUUUUCACAAGAGCUAACUGACCUUGUUUCAACGUCUGUUUCUUGGAACUUGAAGAUGCAACCUGGCACGCAAGAGUCUAAAGGAUCCUUUGAUUCAACUUCACAGCUUCAUCUUAACAAUAUGCUUGAUCAUGCUUUUCCUGAGGAAAGAUGUGAAGUUGUUUAUGAUGACAUUGGUAAUAUUGUAUCCGAAGAGCAAGCUGAUCAUUGCAUAUCUUCUGUUUCUUGGAAUGAUAAAACAGGACGUGAGAAACAAGAGUCUAGAGAAUCCUUCUCUUCUCCAUCCCAGAUUCAUCAUGAUGAUUUGCCUGAUUGUGCUUCCCCUGAUCGAAAAGGCGAUGAUGAGUACAGCAAUAUGGGAAAUAGCUUAACAGAGGACCAAAUUUGCCGCAACUUAUUGCCUGUUGCUUUGAGUGGUAAGAUGAGAACUGCAGAAGUAGAGUCUAAAGAAAUCUUCUACUCUCCGUUGCAGAUGAAUCCAAGUGCUUCCAUAGAAGACGCUUCUCCCGAUGAAAAGCUUUGGGUCAUAUCUGAUGAAGAGAGUAACAAUUUUCCACUAGGGCAAGUGGUUCCUAGUUCACCUUUCUCAAGUAGCAGUGUUAAGAAUGAACAGUUGGACCUGAGUAUUCAGAAGUAUGAUUUUGAUGAGAGUUUGGAGACACUUCAAGAAAAUCUAGUCCUAGAUACACAGUUAUUAGAUUUGGCAACUUCUGAAAAUAUUCAACAGCAAAGUUCUGAGCCUGAGGGUGAAAUUAUACAAAGGUCAAUUUCUUAUGAAAGCCAGUUUGAUGACAUUGAAAGUGAAACUGACAGUUUUAUGGAUGCACUUAACACCAUUGAGUCAGAGUCUGAAACUGAUUUGGAUUGCCAAAGAAAACGAGCAAUGGAGCUGGAGUCUAGUUUGAAGACUGAAUCAUCCUUGAAUGGAGUUCAUGUAAAUAAAGCAGAACUUUCUGAUCGGAAUUUGUCUACUCCUAUACCCGAGGCUGCAGCCAGAAAUUCCCCUGAGAACUGUGGUUUUGGUGGUAAGACCAACUUGGUAUCUGCUGACUCUGAUCCUGGAGAUUUCUCUUCCUCUGACAAAGUAAUAUGUAAGGGAAUUCCAGAGAAAAUCUCUUCAGGGUUUGGUGAGAUUUUAUCGUCUCCGCGGAUUGCUGGAAUUACUUUAAAACCAGACAGUUCUAUAGGUGCCCCUUCAAGUAAAAGAUCCAAUAUUCUGGAAGCAUCACAAGAGGAACCACUUGUUAGCAAUCAUAUCACCUCUAGCCCUAGGAAUCCUGGUUCAUCAUUGCCAGUGGUCAACAAGAUCCAUUGUGGUCCUUCCGACUCUGAAAAACCUCCACCCCAACUUCUUGGCACUCCUAAAGUCAAAUUCUGGACAAAUGGUGGCUUGCUUGGGCUUGAGCCGUCAAAGCCACCAGACGGUGUAAUAAAUAGUGUUGGUCAAGUUUAUGAAGCUAAUCAAAAUGAGGAAGUCAUUGCUUCAAGGCAAGAUCCUGUUCCCAGCAGUGAAAAACAUGCAGGGAAACAAGAUGAUGUACAGAAUACGUCAAGAGAGAAAGCUGAUUGCCAAAAUUCUGAUCAAGGAGUUGCCUUCUCUAUUAAGAACAUAUCAUCAAGAUUUUCAGCCAAAGAUUUAGAUGUCAAACUUGACAAGUCAAGUAAUUUAUACCAGCAAAACUGCACUGAUAAGCCCCUACACAGUUCUUUAAAUGGAUCUGGUAUGACAUCUAGGACAAUGGGACCAGUGAGUCCAGAAUCCACUAUUUCAGCUGGUCAAGAGAACGGAAAGAAUUCAUCACGUAUUCUUGAACUAGGUAAUAGAUUGCUUACAAAUGGGUUCCAUGGGAAACUCUCAGUUGGUUGGAAUGAUAAGACGGAUUCAGCCAGUUCCUUCAACACUGGAAGCAAUGAGCCUAAAAAUGACUACCAACAAUGUGUGGAUAGAACAAUCAAAGACUUCCCAGGAAGAGGAUCCCCCUUCACAUCACCUUCUUCAUCACCCCCACUUGGACAUAUGAAAAUCUCAUUCCAGCCAAUAGACAGCAUUGAGACUACGAAACUGAAACUCAGAUUUCCUGAUAGGAGUAAUAUCCAUGAAAGCAAUAAUGAUAUGUUUCCUUCGUUUCAGCUAGUACCAGAGCCUUCUAUUCCUCUGCAAGAAGUUUGUUCAGACUCGGAUGAUGACACAUUUUCCAGAUCAUCUCCCGAUCUAUCAGAUGAUUAUCUUAGCCAUCAGUCUGAGUCAAACUUUGAACAGUGGGAAUCUGGUAACUCUCCUAAUUUAAAGGACCAGGAAGUAUACAAUGCUUUGCAUAGAAUAUCAUUAACUGAGUCAACUUCAACAUCUUUCGAGAAUGGCCGAACAGCUCAUCAGGAUUUGCACACCUGCAGUAGACACCAUAUUCCUUUUGCAGAAUACUCUCUGGAGGAUUCUCAGUCUGAUAAUUUAUUUGAUCUUCCAGUUCUGGAUACCCAGCAUUCCUCAUUCAAGCAUGGAGUAGGUAAUGCUACGUCUGCAAGAGAUUUUCUAGAGCCAUUGUCUGGUAAGGAAUCUACACCACCUCCUCCACCUCUUCCUUCAAUGCAGUGGCAGAAUAUGCAAUCACAUUUAGAUGACGAACAAGAUGAUCUACAUCUUUUCUCUGAAAACCAUUAUGUGUUUGAUCACAAGGAGCCUGGAUCUACCAUUUCACAUCAACCUAAGCCUCCCCCAUUCAAGCAAAACCAAGUUAUUGAAGCUGCAUUCACAUUGAAAAACAAGCAGCCACAUUCAAUAGACACAACUGGGCAGCAAUUUGUUUAUCAUGCUGAAAACGGCAGAGGAAUCAAUGAAAAGGAGGACUUCCUGCACCAGAUUAGAGCAAAAUCGUUCAAUCUUAGACGAACUGCUCCAGCAAAACCAACUGGAACUACAGUGCCUCCAGCAAGCGUCAAGGUCAAUGCAAUUUUGGAGAAAGCCAAUGCAAUUCGUCAGGCAGUUGGAAGUGAUGACGGAGAAGAUAACUGGAGUGACACUUGAAAUAUUUUUCAAGAAUGAUGACAUUAGUCUAUCAAACCCAAGCGUGUAUAAUUUUGCCUCUGGAGUUAGGUGAGUGUGUGUAAAUAAUUAGUUGUUAUCUGUAAGUAUUUUUAGGUCCCUUUUUUUGUAUCUCGAUUAGCUUUUCACCUUAGGUAGCUUUCAACCUGUUUCUGUAAACAUUGUGCUCUAGACUCUAGUAUGACCCAGCAACAUUUUCAAGGCAUAAAUUUAUUCAUAAGCCACCUCUCUUUUGAUGCUUUCAA